AUGACCAUCCCCAAACAAAAGCUCUUCAUGGACCGAGUCCUCUUCGUUUUUGAGAUCACCAAGGCCAAAGCUGGAAAAGCUCAGGUGUUGAGACUGAGCUCGCAGCAGUGGAUGGCAGAAGCCGACGUGGCAUGCCUGGCAGGUGACAUUUUGGAACGAAUGGAGUCUCAUCGGAAUUCCGACAACAUCCUUUUGUUUCCGCCAGAUACUCUCAAGAUGGUGAAGCAGCGCUUCGUUGAGGGGGAUUUCCAUGAUGAGCUCAAGGCAUUGGUGGAAUGCCAGCAUCCUCACUUUCGACCAGCUGACACAGACAUGUGGGCUGACCACAUGCAGAAUCCCUCCAGCGCGGGCAAGAACAGUUUGGAGGCAGCUGAUGGGCAAAUCGAUAAGCUGGAGAUGGACAAGAACAAGGCCCACUUUGAGGCCGACGCUUUGUCUCUGGCUCGUGAUGCUGCGCAGUGCGCUGCACUGUUCCAGAAAACACAGCAAACCGAAAGAUCAAGGAGGUUGGCUAAGGUCAUGCACUUGAAGCAGGAGAACACGGUGGGUGCAUCUAUCGUGGCAAGCUACAUGGAGAAAUCUUGCAAGCACAUAGGCGGAGACCGACUUCUUCCUGCAGUGGAUCAGUUCAUCAGCAACUUGAAGAGAGACAAGGGCUGCCUCAUCAUUUGGGUGGACUACAUGAAGCACGGUCGCUUAAGUGUCGCAGACCUCAACAGCACCACGGAGCUUUUGCAAAAGGCAUUGAGAGUGGAGGAUAAGUUGGAUGCGCGCAUGAUGGUGGCAGAACCCAUCCACAUCAGGUGUGCUGUGCCGCCCACUAGCAAGAAGGUGGCCCUGGCAUUUCCUGCUUGGCUUGUGUUCCAACAUGGCACCGUGGAUAGCAACAUCUUUGCCAAGUCGUUGCUGCUGCAAGACAAGUCGAAUCGUGAGCUGCUGCCUUGGGUACCGGAGUCUCAAUAUGAAGUGCCACAAUCACGCGAGAGCUUGCCCCAUGCAAGCGAGGGACAAAGGGCGUUGAGCACGGUGCAGGAAACCGCCCAGCUCCUCACCGGCCCUUCCCUGCCUGAGACCAUGCUGGAGGCUUUGUUUUCCAACGCUGAAGUUGGCGAGGUGGUGGGCCUGAUCAAUCUCUCCCCUUACGACGCCUGGGUUGAAAAGACCUGUUUGCAGUACCACAUCCAAAAGGGUGGAAGGAAGCUUCGCAGUCUUACUUGUGCGACUGAUGUGGACUUGGUCGACUACAGUCAGAAGCUGUGUGCUAUGCUUCUCAUGGAGGUGGACCUCCAGAAGUUCACCUUCAAGUUGGCAUCUGUUGAGGAGGAUGGUUCCAAGAGGGGCUGGGAUCGCUACAAGAUUUCUUUGAGCAAUGAGGUGAGGAAGCGCCACUUGGAAGACCCUAUCCAUUCAGAGCAGUGGAAGAAUUUGCUGGUCGAUUUCGAUCGAAAGCUUCUUGUCUGGAGCUCUUCUUUCGGAGCUCUGUGUUCUUUUGACAAAUGA